AAUUACAAGCAACUAUUACAAGCAAUUAUAAUAUUUAAUUGGCAGGUAAAAUAUCUUUUUGAUCGAGUUCUAUAUGAUUGGCAUGCUUUAACUGAUGUAGAGGAGAUAAAAAUAAUACAAAAAUAUGCGAAUAGAGGAAGACUCAAUACUAUUUGUGCAGGACGUAAGAACAAAAUUUAUAUUAUGAGAAUUUACGAGUAUUGGUUACUUUUAUUUGAAAAAACAGUAGACAAAAAUUAUGUUAAAUAUCUAUUGAAACAGUUAAUUAAUAAUCAGUGUUUUUCUUAUUUUAAUCUGUUAUCAAUAAAUAUAUUAUUACUGGUUUCAGUCUUUCUAUAUUUUGUCAUCUUAGUUUUCACUGUAAUGUUUUUAAUGCCGAACAUUCUCGAUUUUGUGGAUCCAUUAAACGAGCCUCGGCGACAUCAGCUGCCGAUGGCGUUUGAACCGCUCUUCUUCGAUCAGGAAAAACAUUUUCUUUUUAUUAUGCUAAACUUCUUAAUAAUCGCAUUUGUAAUGUUAACUAUAUUUUUGUCUGUUGAAACUUUAUAUAUGAUAUGCAUACAACACGCUUGCGGUUUAUUGAAACUUACUAGGUACGAUAUUUGUUAUUGCGUAUUGUAUUUUCGUUAUUCCAUUGUAUAUUCUUAUUCCAUUGUUACACUAUUGAUUUCUGAAUUAUUUUAAACUAUGACGAAUGAUGUUGCCUUUAGCUAUCGUAUUUUGAACGCAUUUGACGAUCGCUUGCAAUUGAUGAAUAUAUCUAAAUCGAAGUGCGCCAUCUGUAUUAAAUUGUCUAAAGCUAUCAAGAUUCAUAGACGAUCUUUAGAGUGCGUAUUAAUUAAUUUAAGAAUAAUAAUUCAUGCGGAUAACAUAUAUUCAAAGUUUGUUUAAUAUAUUCAAACAAGGUUAUAUACGUGUAUACACUGGGUUUAGUAUGUAACUGAUGAAACCUAUUAAAAUUACACACAUUUAUAUUGUAUAUGCUAUGUACAUGGUCUAUCCCAAAAUUAAUGAGACUAAUUCUGGAAAAAUCGUUUUAAAACAUAUUUAAUAUUUUUCAAAGUAAAAUUCUUGAAUGUCAAUACAGCG